AUGGAAGGACGAAUGAACCUAACUGACGAGGAAAAUGAGCUUUACACGAAGCUCUUUGUUCAGUGUGACCUGGACGGCUUUGGCUACGUUUCCGGAAACGCCACCUCUGAGCUUUUCAGGAGCUCGGGCCUGAGCGACGAUGUUCUUUUCAGCAUCUGGGAGAUUGCAGAUAAGACGAAUAGCGGCCAGCUCGACUUCUCCGGCUUCUGCGUGUGCGUGAGGCUGAUCGGCCAUGUUCAGAUUUACGGGCCGCACGCCCUUCGCGACUGCGACGUUCUGAUGAACAAGACCCCCGAGGAGCUGCCUUUCUUCUCUUAUCGCGGUCCCUCGUACUCUAAUGUGAACCAGAGUCACUACGAAGUUGACCCUGCCCUGUACUUCGUUUCGGCUGCUGACCUCGACGGCUACAAGUACACCUUUCUCCAGCUGACCCCGGACUUGAACGACUUUUUGCUCGGCGAGGACGCCAAGAACUUCUACCUCAAUACUACCAAUCUUUCUCAGGACGACUUGAUGCACCUGUGGACCCUUGCGGACAUUGACAAGGACGGCAGGCUCAGCCUCCGCGAGUUUUGCGUGAUGCAGAAGCUCUGCGAGUGCCUGAAGCUGUACGGAGCCAUGCCUCAAGUGCUUCCCAACCCUCUGCUCCAGUUCCUCGACGACUUCUUCCCCGAGUACACGGCGUUUGAAGACGGGAAGGUCCACGGCACCUACUCGCCGCCUCAGGAGGCCGGAACCACUAAACUGCCCAGUGACGCCGAUCUGAAUCAACGCGCCACUCAGGCCACCAAGGUCAUCGGCGAAAAGGGCGUUAGGAGCGAGGCCUUCGUCGGAAAUGAGCACGCCGACCUUUCCGCAGCUCCUCGCUCCCCUCCCCUCGUUACCAACGAGCUCAUCGUCCAGUGCGAGAACCUGCUCAACACCCUGAGGGACGCAAUCAACUCCGAGCAGAGUGGGCUCGAUGCUGCCAAAAGGGAGGCCUCCGAGGUCGAGACGAAGCUGAAGAGCGACACUAAGACUCUGGAGAACCUCCUCACUGAGUACAGGUCCCUCGUCGGCGACAGCCAGAACACCUCCAAGAGGCGCUCGCUUCUCAACAACAAGCUCUCCAUCAUUCAGGAGCAGAUUCAGGAGAUGCGGAACCAGAUUCAGAACAUGCGCGUCGGCAACGUCGCCCUCAGCAGCAACAUUGACAAGAACAACGAGGAGCAGUCGCUUCUUCAGAACACUCGUCAGAUGUUCCUGAAGCAGCUCGACGACGAGACUAACCUGCUCAAGCUCGAGGAGCGCGAGCUCGGUGAGAUGUCGAACACUCUGCAGCAGCUUCGUCGUCAGCGCGACCUUUUGAGCGAGAAGAGCAACCAGCUUCGUGAGUGCCUUUCUCAGUCCGAGAACGCCACCAAGACCAUGCUUCGUUCCAUUCAGCUUCAGCAGGGCAAGAUUCUCUCCGUCCGGAACGAGCGCAUUAGUCUUUUGGAGGAGAAGCUCAAGCUGACCAACGAGAUAAAUCGCUUAAACAACUCCGACAACAACCUCAACUCCAGCAGUCAGAAUCCCGCAGUAGGAGGCUUCGGCGACAACUCCGUUUCCAGUGAAAAGCAGCCUUCUAAGCCUGUGGGCAGAAACUUAAACCUAGAUAAAAAGGGCAUUCGUGUCUCCUCUAUGAACCUUAAAGUUGGCGAUGAGUUCCCUCAAUAG